AAUCAAAGGUGUUAAUUUGAUCUUUGACGUUACGCAAUGGCUAGUAUUUUGCUCCUCAUUAAACUUAUUGGUAUCAUAGUGCUAAAGGUUACUAGUAACUUCUUGUAUAUCGUCAUUUCAUGCUUCAGGAAAAUCUACAAUGGAUUGAAAGACGGAUUACUGUUAAAACGUACUUAUAACAGAAACGAAUGGAAACCGGUGAGUUCAGUUAGCAGACUUGGAGUCGUUGUGAUUACUAACCAUCACAUUCAAAAACAAGAACCUCAAGAUGAGUAUUCAAGUGAUGCUAUUUCAAGAUCUCUAAAAAAUCCGUCCUUAUUUGAAAGAGUCCUUGGUGAAAAUUCGGUCGGUGUUAUUGUUUCAUGGGUAGCUAACUGCAUUCAAAAGAAAGCUCUCGGAAUUUCGAUCAAGAAUACAGAUUUAAUACUGGUGUACACUAAAACAAGGAAUAGUCUAUACGAUCUCAACAAAUGGCUUAACGUCUUGCCUAAUCAUAACUACUCAAAACCUCACUUUGCAAAUAAUCAUAAUAAGAUUAAAGAAUCAGAUUCAUACAGCUGUAUUCUUUCGUCAACUCGGAGUAACUUAAGUCGUAAACAUAACUUGGAAGAUCCUCGUAUUUAUUGCUCCUAUGGUCAGCUUUACAAUCGUCUGUUCUCGUAUAGUUUUCGAAGUUUAAGUACUAUCAACCAUGCUUCCAAUCUGAAAAACAAAUUACUCUUGAAAUUUCAAUAUAUUUCUUCUGAGAAAGAAGAUUGCUCAGACUUACUUGAAGUUGGUCUACAAACAGCAUUAAAAGCUAAUUUAGACUACAUAAUUUUUAUUAAUCCACGUGCAAUGAAUUUGAGUGAACAUUUACUUACUGAAACUAUUCAACUAUUGUCCAAUAAAAACGAAAAUUGUCAGGUUGACUUUGUGCUAGGUAUUACUAAACCUUGUUCAAGAAGUUUACGAACUGACACUGAUGUUAAUACAUAUCGAAGAAAAUCAUCAAAUGGUUUAUAUCUAUUCGGUUUAAAAGGUGAACAACAUUAUAUAAUGUCCAAUAUCAAAUCAAUUUGUGCUAAUUUGGAAUGGUCAUCUAUAAAUGCAGCAGAUAUUCUAUAUAGAAAUAUUUAUCACUCUUUACCAAAUAAAAAUUUGGUAUGUUUACGUAAAAGAUUAGAGGAGGUGUCUGAACCACUGGAUCUUAUCAACGUACAACAGUCUACUGGAUUAUUGUGUGAGGAUGUACUUAACGAUUCAGUAACUGUGAUUAUUCCCAUGGGUUAUGGCCAUCCAGAUGAUUGUAUUGAUUCUGAAGACAUUGAAUUAGUCGAUGUGAAAUUUUCAAGAUCAUUAGCUUAUACAAUUGAACUAGCAGUACAUAAUGCUUCGGGUAAAAGACAAAUAGAGGUUAGAGGUACUUUUUGUCACACUAUUAUUCUUUUAAUCUCAUAUGCUUUACAGCCUCCAAAUGCCCUGGUACGGCCGAGGAUGGGGAGAUCUCGCUUUCUCGAAAUGCCCUUACAUGGCCUCGGAUAUACAGCUACUGUCAGGGAAGCCCUCGUGGCGAGGGUGUUGGUUACGAAAUUGAGAGUACGAAAAGUGAAUGUCUGGCGCUUUAACCGGGUCGGUGGAUAUGGAUGAUCCACCUAAGGGAUUUGGAAGGCCCUGGUUCCGAACCGAUAGUGUACACGGGCUCCAGUAUCCUGAGAGAGCAAAUCGCGUAUGAACCUACUGUUGGUCACUGGCUACCAUGAGACUGUAUCUCCUGACGUCGCUCCACUGCCUUGUGGAUAAGACUUUUAGGUCAAAGGGUUGGGGAGUGACCCCAUAAGAAAAUCAUCUGCUUCGGUCUGGGCACCCGGGAAGUAUCUCAGUCCUCACACAAAUCGAACGAUUUAUGUGGCGCAUAUCUUUUUGGUGCCUCCUUGUACCAAAGUUAAUGUGUUUAAAUAAACAAAUAAAAUAAAUUGCUCACCCACCUGUCAAUGUGUGAUGCAAUGUGAAUAGAAUACGCACAUUCGAAAUACUCAGUGAACACUAUAAUUUUUGUAACAUUAAAACUCAUAAAGGUCUGGGACUAGACUUUUAUAUUCAGAAAAGAUUCAAUGAGUUAAUCUGCAAUUAUACUUGAACUGGGCCUUCUUAGAAUUUUUAUCACACCAUACAUUUUAGAUGUUCUCCAAAUAUUCCAAGACUAUCGCUUUAGUUAUUCCAUUUUUGUAUUGGUUGAUUGAAUCUCCCCGUUGAUGGUUAGGACUGCAAUUGACUAGUCUCUUAUUGCUAUAUGUGCAUCCUGUGCGGAUUGCCUCGAUAUUGCCUUCAGUCACAAGUAUAAUGAGUAGAGAUGAUGGGGCUAGCAGUGGAACAGUACUGGGUUCGAGUCCCGGGAUGAACAUUAACUAUGAGAUGCAGGCACAUCCAGCUGACGAGUUCCUAAUAGGACGAAACGCUCAUCCUGGACUGUUUGGGCUAGGCGCGAAGUUGUUGUACAAAGGAGUUGAAUCAAGGCUGCUAGUGCUGGCUGACUUGUUAUCGGCUUGUCACGGGGACAAGGUCAUAGAAGUCGAUAAUCUGAUUGGCGAUUUUGUCACGUGAUAUUUUAUGGGCCACAGAGCUUAACAGGUUCGUUCACAAUUUUCAUUCAAUAUUCUAUUGAAGGAUGAGAUUUCAGGGGAAAUUUAUAGAAAAAAUUAGUGUCAGUAAUAAAGUGUUUUUCUGAAGUCUGAUUAAAUUUAGAACAUAACUUCAUAUCUUAACAAAUCAAUCAAAAAGUGUGUCAAUACUACUUUGAUAUCAUUUUCAGUUGGAUUUUGGAAUUCAAGUGUACUUAAGGAAGUAAGUAUAUUAGGUUGAAGAAUAAGAAAGGUUUCUUACAAGGUUUUCUAAACAUCUUCCUUGGAAUCUAUACUUAAAAAGAAACAGUAUCUUCCUUACAUAUGAACAUUGAACAUUUCAUGUCUAAUGGAUAUAAAGUGAAUAUCUCAGUAGCCAUUAAAAUAAGUAAAAAUGGCAAAUAACAAACAUCAUCUUUACUUCAUUUUUACAAAAGACCAUGACUUACCAAAUUUUUUAGAAUCGAUUUGUACAUAGAG